GUAGUUAAGAUGACGUCGCGGCGCAUCCGGGUUAAGCCACGCCCCUCACCUGCCAGACGACAUCGAGAAAGAGGAACGGAAAGAUGAGCCAAGACGACUACAAAAGCGUUCAGGAUUAUUCCGGACGAGCGUCGCCACACUUGGGUGUGGUCCACUUAAACGUGGGCGGCGAAAGGUUCUGCACCAGCGUCGGGACGCUCACGAAGUUCCCCGAGUCCAAGCUGGCCGAGUGGUUCGGCGGCGGACCCCCCAAACUCCCCAAAGACUCCCAGGGACACUACUUCCUGGACCGGGACGGAGAACACUUUGGAGCCGUCCUGGAGUUCCUCAGGUCCGGACGAGUGCCCGUCUGCAAUAUUCCGCAGGUCCACAAAGAGUCGCUGCACUACAACAUCGGCGAGCUGACCAAGCGCUUGGAGGAGACCCCCAAACUCUUUGGAGAGACGGUGGGCCGCCAGCAGUUCCUGGCCAGGGUCCCCAACUACAAGGAGAACAUUGAGGUUCUGAUCCGCAUCGCCCGAGCCGAGGCGGUGGCCUCCCGCCACUCGGCCGUCGUCAUCUGCGUUCUGCGGACGGAGGAGGACUUGAGUUGCUACGGCAACGCCAUGGCCGGCCUGCGGGCCGACAAGGACUCGGUGGUGACGUUCGGACCGUGGAACGCGGCCCCCGCGGCCGCCGACUUGCUGGACUGCGUGCAGGAGGACAUCCGCGGCCGGGGCUACACGGUCCACGUCCGACCGCACGCGGUGGAGAAGAACUUCCUGGCUCGGAGCUACGACUUUUUCCACACGCUCACCUUCACCUGGUGGUGACGGCCGGAGGGCGGCCCCUUCCUUUCCUUUCCUUUCCUUUCCUUUCCUUUCCUUUCCUUUCCUUUCCUUUCCUUUCCUUUCCUUUCCUUUCCUUUCCUUUCCUUUCCUUUCCUUUCCUUUCCUUUCCUUUCCUUUCCUUUCCUUUCCUUUCCUUUCCUUUCCGUUCCGCUCUUCUGUCCAAACUCGUGCGAAUGAAAAAGCCUUUUGCCGGCUAAUCUGCGGGAACGAGAAGGAAGCCGACAAUAAAGCACUUCCUGUACGCUU